GCGGAUGUUGCCGCUCACAUCCGGCUGGAUCUGCUAUCAGUCGAAAGAAGGACUCUGAGAAACUGCAGCGAUGUCAGUCCAGGUCGUGGCAGCGAAAAUGGCAGAGGUCGAGCUCAAAGACGUGUCCCCCGGCAAGAACCUGCCGGCCGCGUCCCCGGUGACACCCACGUCGGAGGACAAGACCGUCGGCGGGAACGAGGCCGGCUCGUCCGCCGCUACGUCCCCCGCCGCGGAGCCCUCCGCKAAAGCCGCGGAAGGCAGCCGGGGCUUGCUCACCCCGAACGCCGCGAAGAUGCCUCAAGCCUCGGCUCUGAAGCAUUCGGACACGCAGCAGAACGGCGGGGAGGCUUUUGUCAACCGGGACGGAACCGUGGCCGAGGCUCCGCGGAUGAAGAAGAUCCAGUUCGCAGACCAGAAGCAGGAGUUCAGCAAGCGUCCUUCCAAGAUCGGCCGGCGCUCCCUGUCUCGCUCCAUCUCCCAGUCCUCCACAGACAGCUACAGCUCAG